CAAUACACGAGCAACUGAUCUUAUCGCUCACUAGUAUAUAAGGCCCUGCACUGCCAUAGCAAACAUCUCUGACUGACUGAAAUGCGCUGCAUAAUGUCUCUGUUCACCAUCACUCUCAUCAGCAGCGUUCUUCUGAGCCUGUUUCCUCAUACACCAGCAGCAUAUGGGCCGCUGAACUAUGCCUGUUGUGUGAAAUACACUCACAAUCCUCUGCCCUUUGGUGUGAUCAAGGGCUUCGUCGAGCAGAAGUCCAUUGAGGUGUGUCGCAUAGACGCCAUCAUCUUUCUCACCAAGAACAACAAGAAGGUAUGUGCGAGCAUUAAGGAUCAGUGGGUGAGAGCAGCGCUUGCACGUCUGAGGUCCAAAAUAGAGAAACUGACAAUACAGGAAAAUAAGCGUCUCACCGCUGCUGGACUGAAACUCACGACAACCACCAAAAGCCCAUGAAGCUUCUGCAAAUAAUGUGGCUUUAAACAUUUUUUUUUUUUUUUACAUAUGA